AAAAUAUAUCUUGAACAGUGAUUCAAAAUGGUUUAAACUUUCUUUUGGUGAAGUUUGGGAAGAUAAUUGGGUGAACAAUUACAAAAGGCUCAGAAGAUUAGUCUUACUCCUCGUGCGUUAUUAUGAAGAAAUCCUUGGAUUUCGUGCUAAUCGUCUUGAAAUUCUAGUUCCUAGAUAUAUUACAUAA